UGCAGCUCAAAGAGUCUCUUUGAGGGUCUUCAAGAGUACACCAAAGGAGCAUCGUAUGCAGCUGGUUGCCUUGAUGUACCAUGCAAGUCUCGUGCUGGAUUCCGAGAAGCAAUUCAUACUGUCAAGAGGGCAGAUUUUGUUGUUAUAGUUGUUGGUCUUGAUUUGACACAAGAAAGAGAAGAUCAUGACCGAGUUAGUCUUCUCUUACCCGGUAAACAAAUGGCCCUUGUAUCUUCUGUGGCAGCUGCAAGUAAAGAACCAGUGAUUCUAGUUCUUACUGGUGGUGGACCACUUGAUGUGACAUUUGCCAAAGAAGACCCGCGAAUCGCAAGCAUUCUUUGGAUUGGGUACCCUGGGGAAUCUGGCGGGAGAGCACUAGCAGAAGUCCUCUUUGGAGAUUUCAAUCCGGGUGGACGGCUACCUAUGACUUGGUAUCCUGAGUCAUUCACCAAUAUACCGAUGAAUGAUAUGAACAUGAGGGCCGAUCCUUCUCAAGGUUAUCCGGGAAGAACCUACCGAUUUUACACAGGGAGCAGGCUGUAUGGAUUUGGAGAUGGCUUAAGCUACAGUAAGUUCACUUACAACAUCGUAUCUGCGCCAAAAAAGUUAAGGUUAUCAAGACCUCUCAAGGUUGAUUCCAGCAGAAACAUACUACACCAAGCAGGAGAUACACUUGAUUAUUUACACAUUGAUGAGGUGACAUCUUGUUAUUCCUUGAGAUUUUUUGUUGAAAUCACUGUGACAAAUAUAGGAGACAUGGAUGGAGGCCAUACUGUGAUGUUGUUCUCCAGAAUGACAAAAGUUGUAAAGGGUGCUCCAAAACAACAGCUGAUUGGAUUUAACCGUGUGCAUACUGGUUCGUACAAAUCUACUGCAACAAGCAUUCUAGUUGAUCCUUGCACACAUUUUAGUUUUGCAAAUGAUUAUGGGCAAUGGAUAUUGCCACUGGGUGAUCAUAGGUUAAUGGUAGGAGAUAUAGAACACAUCGUCUCAAUUGAAAUUAAUUGAUGCUAUUUAUGUCAAACAGGUGACACGAUUGUUGAAGCACAUGUAUCAUUCAUUUUGUUUUACAGAAAUUAAAGCUUUCUGAACA